AUGUUCAGUAUCGUAGUUAUUUUCGUCUUGUCCACCAGCGUUUUUGCGGGUCCUUUGCUCCAUGGAAGGCAUGGUCGCAUUGUCAACGGCGUGGAGACUACCAUUGAGAAACAUCCCUACCAGGUCUCUUUGCUAACCUAUUCGGGUGGCCAUUUCUGUGGUGGCGCCCUCAUCAGUGAAGACAUCAUUGUGACCGCUGCCCAUUGCAUGCUGGCCUAUUCAGCUAAGCAAGUAAGAGUGCGUCUAGGGUCAAACGAAUACGAGAAAGGUGGUGAAUGGGUGGCGGUCAAGUCUUUAAAAUACCAUGAAGGUUUCAACCCCUUGUCCAUGAUGAACGAUAUUGCUGUCAUCAAAAUGUCCAGCCCGGUGAGGCAAUCGGCCAAGAUUCGUUACAUUCCCAUGGCCACUAAGACCCCUGCUACUGGUACUUCUGCCAUGGUUACUGGCUGGGGGGUUCAGUGUUUUUUGACUUGCACCACCAAGUCAAAGAUUUUGAAAGAAGUUGAUGUGAAUAUUAUUAAUGAGAAGGACUGUGCUUCCAGCGAAUACAAAUAUGGUUCCACAGUCAAGCCUACCAUGGUCUGCGCCGCUGCCCCCGGUAAGAGCAGUUGCCAAGGUGAUUCUGGUGGUCCUUUAGUUGCCGAAGGCAAGUUGGUUGGCAUAGUGUCGUGGAGUGUCGGCUGUGGCAGUGAUGGUUUUCCCGGUGUUUAUGCUGAUGUUCCCUCUUUACGAGCCUGGAUAGAAAAGACGGCCAAGGAAUUAUAA